AAUACAAUACAGAAGCUUGAGCAAUACUUUUCUACAAAUAUAGAUCUGGUCUCCAAAGGGUAGACCGCUGACUUGUGGGUCGUCUGGCCAUUUUCUUCCCAUCGAUCUCUUGGCACUUGGACUUAAUUUCCACAUAAUUAAAUUCUGCCCUCAAGAACUGUACUGGUUUUCCACAGAUUUUUGCAUUCGGAUGCACGAGAGUUGUAAGGUGCAUGACUUUUCUAACCCCUCGUUCUUCCCGAUCGACUAUCCAUAAAUACGCAUGCUCCCUCCCACGCUACACAGCUCAGUGCGUAGACGUACAACAAUUAGCUAGCAUCAAUGGCGUCCCCGGCCGCCUCCUCGGUCCUUCUCGUCCUCCUCGCCGCCUUCACUGCUAGCGCCAGCGCGGCCACCUUCAGCAUCGUAAACAACUGCGGCUUCACGGUGUGGCCGGCGGCCAUCCCGGUCGGCGGCGGCUUGCAGCUCAACCCGGGCCAGAUGUGGACACUCAACGUGCCUGCCGGCACCAGCUCCUGCAGGAUCUGGGGCCGCACCGGAUGCUCGUUCAACGGCGGCAGCGGGAGCUGCCAGACCGGAGACUGCGCGGGCGCGCUCUCCUGCACCCUCUCCGGGCAGCCCCCCGCGACGCUGGCCGAGUUCUCCAUCGGCGGCGCCACCGACUCGUACGACAUCUCGGUGAUCGACGGCUACAACCUGGCCAUGGACUUCUCCUGCAGCAACGGCGACGCCAUCCGGUGCAGGAACUCCGGCUGCCCCGACGCGAACGACCAGCCCAACGACACGAAGGGCCAUAUCUGCACUGGCAACAACAAUUACCAGGUGAUCUUUUGCCCAUGAAGCAAUGGUCGAACAAGUGAAUGAUCCACCGGAGACUGACAGGGCACAUCCGGAUCCGUCGGUUUGUUUAUCCUGGUCCUUUGUACGGCAGAUCACUGAUGGAGACAUCAUCAGGAUUGAUAUAUAUUCACAUCAUGCCCAUAUAUAUGCAAAACGCUUGCAAAGUACGAAGAAGAAUUAUAAUGAGUUAUUGAUGUACGUGCAUGUGUUGUUGGAAGAUGUGCCCUCCGGAAGCCUCAAGAGCCAUCUAUCGAUCCUAAAAACUGAGGAGCCAUUGCAGCAGCUCGUGUCAUGGACUGGUGAGCUAGCUAGGUAGAAGCAUGUCGCGAAAUAUAUGUCUUAAUUUGUAGACAUGAUGCAUGUCCAGAUGAACAUAUGCCCGUCUGCUACCGGUGUUUUG